AUGAAGCUGUUUGUGUUCGCAGUUCUGUUAUCCUGCUGCCUGGCAGCCCAUGCGGCUCCCGAAAAGAAGCUGGCUCGCUCCCGCAAUGUCGAGGUCGACCAGGAGCAGCAGGAUGCUAAGCUGGGCAUGGCAGCGGCAUCGUCGGUAGCUGCAGCGGCAGCUGGAGCUGGAGCUGGUGGAGCCCAGGUCAGCAAGGACCCCUCGAGCGGCAGGCUCUUCCUGAAGAAAUUCCUCACGUUCAAGAACCUGUUCAGCAGCAGCAACCAGCCGGUGAUCCCGAUCAUUAUCACAGGAGCAGGCACUGGCACAAGCACUGCCACUGGCACCGCCAGCAGCUCCCCCACGGUGACGGUGACCUCAACGGGCACGAUUCCCUCGGCCACGGGUACCAUCACCACAUCCCCCACCACCACCACCGCGAGUAGGUUCACCGUUCGCAAGAGCUACGGCGAUGAGGAGCCAGAGCAGGACCAGGACCAAGAACAGGACCAGGAUCAGGAGCAGGACGAGGACGAGGAACUGUCCCAGGGCAAUGUGCAGCAGCCGGCCCAGGCCUAUCCCGCCGAUCUAAUGGACGAACAGGCCCUGCAGGCUGCUUUGGCCGCCGGCGCCCAGGAGUACGAGGUUGUCACCCAGCCAGAGCUCCAGGGCACCGGCCAGAGCAAGGCCACCCAGAGCAGUCACAUUAACUUGCGCCGCAAGGGCGCCCGCCGCGGCCAGGUGAUCAGCGUUCGCAUCCCGCCCCGUUACCGUCGCUACUUCAAGAACGGCCAGAAGGUGAUGCUCAAUACCGGCAGUCGUCCGGUGAGCAAGCGUCGCGUCGUCCGCAAGCGGGUUCCCAGCAAGAGGAUCAACAACAAGGGCAACAAGAACAUGAACCGUCGUCGCGUUGGCGGCAAGAAGAACCGUAAGAAUCGCAACAAGAACCGUCGCCGCAUCACCGCCGUCUAAGA